UGGAGCCUCGGAAGGAGGGGGUUUCUCCCCGACCCCCGUAGCGGGGAGGGAGAAGCCUGUGGAUUUGGCAGCGAUAUCCAGCGAGACGUAGAGCAUCCGAACAUGCGGUAGUGAAAAUAAAGGAAUAGAGUGACGCGGCAGGAGUGUGCACGGGUCUCGCCGCCGCCGCGAUGGCGACCUGCAUCGGCGAGAAGAUUGAGGAUUUCAAGGUGGGGAACCUUCUGGGGAAGGGCUCCUUUGCAGGAGUCUACAGAGCAAUAUCCCUGAAAACAGGCCUAGAAGUGGCUAUCAAAAUGAUUGAUAAAAAGGCCAUGCACAAAGUUGGAAUGGUUCAGAGAGUUCAAAACGAAGUGAAGAUACAUUGUCAACUAAAACAUCCUUCUGUACUUGAGCUGUAUAACUACUUUGAAGAUAGUAACUAUGUGUACCUGAUAUUAGAGAUGUGCCAUAAUGGAGAAAUGAGCAGAUAUUUAAAGAACAGAAAAAACCGUUUCUCUGAAGAAGAAGUUCGGCACUUCAUGCAUCAGAUUAUUACAGGAAUGCUGUAUCUUCACUCUCAUGGAAUAUUACACCGAGACCUCACACUUUCUAAUCUCUUACUCACCAACAAUAUGAACAUCAAGAUUGCUGAUUUUGGACUUGCAACUCAGCUGAAAAUGCCUUAUGAGAAACAUUAUACAAUGUGUGGGACUCCUAAUUACAUUUCUCCAGAAAUAGCCACAAGAAGUGCACAUGGACUUGAAUCUGACGUUUGGUCUUUGGGGUGUAUGUUUUUUACUCUUCUGGCUGGAAAGCCUCCUUUUGAUACUGAUACAGUAAAGAACACCUUAAACAAAGUGGUUUUGGCAGAUUAUGAAAUGCCAAUGUUUUUGUCAGAAGAAGCUCAAGAUCUUAUUUGCCAAUUACUUCGCAAAAAUCCAGCAGAUCGUUUAAGCCUUUCAUCAGUAUUGGAUCAUCCCUUUAUGUCUAAGUGUAAGUUAGCAAGAACUAAAGGUUUGGGAAAUGUAGAAGAUUCUAUAGAUAGUGGAAAUUCCACCAUUUCUACAGCUUUUACCCUCUCUCCCAGUGUCAGUACAAGUGGCUGCUUAAAAGAAAAGAAAAGACUUUUAGUAGGGCAGCCACUUCCCAACAAAAUGACAAUUGUUCCUAAAAAUAAGAACUCUAGUGAUACCUCCUCUGGGUAUGGAAGUAGUUCUCAUAACAACUGGGAACUUCCAGCAAAAGAAGUUGGCAAUAUUGGUAGGGGAAGAGCAAUGUUGAUUGAAGAAAGACCACAUUCACGCUAUCUCAGGAGGGCACACUCCUCUGAAAGAUCGGGCACAUCCCAUAGUCAGAGUCAAGGAGUACCAAGUCACGUGGAGAGAUGCCAUUCUAUGGAAACCCUUUCAAAACCUGGAGGACUAAUGGAAAACUUGAAGGAUUUUUCACCUGCAAAUAGUCAUGGUGAUAUUCCUUCUGUAUUUAAGGACAAAGUUGCCACUAGGACCGAUUUAAUGGAAAAAUGUAUUUCUCCGCCUGUUGAAAAUCAAACUUGUUUGAAUUAUCUCUGUCCCAUGAAACCCAGCAGUGGGUUAUUAGAACCAAAGUCCCAAGUUAAAACAAUGCAGCAGUGGCUUGGAAAUAUGCAGCAAAAUGCUCAGAUGUCAAAACCUUCAUGUAACACACAUGGAGAUUUUCAGUUCCAUUUUGGUGUACCUCAAGAGACACGGAAAAAUGCAUGGAAUGGCUUAAAAGGCAAUGGGUCGCCUGAUAAUUCACAAUCAACCUCAGUGCCACUGAACACAAAGAAAUACACCACUGGACUUCCAUAUAAAACUGAGAAGACUUUGCCAGAACCUGCAUUUGGUCUCCACUUGGUACCUGAAGUCAGAAUAAACAGAGGCAAGGAGCUACAACAUGAACACCCAAAACCAGCACUGCGAAGUAUUGUAGCUCCUCUAAGUGCUCAUCGGCUAAAACCUAUCAGACAGAAAACAAAAAAUGCAGUGGUGAGUAUUCUAGAUACAGGAGAAGUGUGUAUGGAAUUUUUAAAAGAAUAUAAUUCACAAGAAUUUGUAAAAGAAGUUCUGAAGAUUUCAUGUGAUGGAAGUGGGGUCACAAUUUACCACCCAAAUGAAGGGCGAGGCAUUCCUUUUAAUGAUAGACCACCAUUACCACCUCCUGAAGACUUAAAUGUGUAUGGUUUCAAUGACCUACCAGAGAAAUACUGGAAGAAGUAUCAGUAUGCUGCCAAAUUUGUGCAGUUAGUUAGAUCUAAAACUCCCAAAGUCACCUUCUAUACAAGAUAUGCCAAGUGCAUGUUGAUGGAAAAUUCUCCUCAUGCAGAUGUGGAAGUUUGUUUUUAUGAUGGGGCAAAAAUACACAAGUCAGCAGGGAUAGUUCGUGUAAUAGAAAAAUCUGGAAAAGCCUACACAAUAAAAGAUAAUGAAAUUGGAUUAGAGAAGGAUGUACAGGUAUAUGUGGAUCAUGCAAAUGAGGGACAUCGCAUUUGCCUUGCACUGGAAUCUGCCAUUUUGGCAGAAGAAAGAAGUGAAAGUGUUCCAUUUUUCCCCAUUAUUGUUGGACGGAAACCAGGAAAUCCUGAAUCUCCAAUGGUUUUGGUACACUCUCCUGCUUUACCAGACACAAGCCCUUCUUUGAUGGAUACCGCCUUGGUGAAAAAAGAUAAAGCUGUCAGUUCGGAAUCUGGAAGUCAGGCACCUAACAUAUAUCCACCUAUGUUUCCAUAUGAAGGAUCUACAUUCACAGCAGCUACAACUGAAUCAAAGGGUCCCUUUGGUCACCAAAAUGAUUGUGCUCCAAAUUCAGCUCAACUGCUGAAGUCUGUCUUUGUAAAGAAUGUUGGUUGGGCUUCUCAGUUGACCAGUGGAGCAGUAUGGGUGCAAUUUAAUGAUGGAUCCCAGUUGGUGGCUCAGGCUGGCAUUUCCUUGAUCAUAUAUACAUCUCCAACUGGCGACACUGUUAGGUUUGGAGAAAAUGAGAAUCUGCCAGAAUACAUCAAAGAGAAGUUGCAUUGUUUAUCUUCCAUUCUGGCAAUGUUUACCAAUCCAGUUGAUUCCCACUGACAAACUGCAUAUGAAGACUGAAUCUUGGCAUUAAUGGGGAAAUGCCUUACGUGAAGUAGAGCAUCCUCAGCAAACUCAGACCUUUUUCCUAGCUGGAGUUAAUGUAUGAUAAAGCUGCUGAGCUGAGCUUAGCUGAGCACUUGUAUAAAUUUUAAAAGCAUGAUCAGUCAAGGCAAAAUUACUUACAUUUUAUGUAACAGAUUAUAGGAAAUUAGUGUGACCACCAGUUCCUUUUCAGGAAGGGACCCUUGAAUUGUACAGAAGUGUGUGUGUGUGUUCUCUUUCAGCUGUAACCAAGACUUACAUCUCCACUACUGCUGUGUUUGUGUCUGUAAAUACUUUGUAUUUUACUUUCAGCUAUAUGUAAAGUGUAUUGUUUUAUAAUUGUUUUAUAUUUUUGUAACUUUUUCUAAUGAAAUAUCCCUGCAAGAGCUUUAAAAAAUAAAUGCAGUGGUAACUGUUUAGAUCCCUUGCUUUAUUUAACACAAAUGCCUGGAUAUAC